AUGGUGUUCCUGCGACUUUCGGUCAAAGUCUUCCCGCGGGAUCAACUGCCCUCAAACUCAAGCUCCAGCUGGGGCCGGUCGUUACCUUUUACGCGGAAAUCUGUGAAUGAUGACUCGAGCCAGGGUUCGGCGGCUUCGGCUACAUCCAAGAAACCGGGUAUAUUCCUCUUGGUCCUUGAAAAACCGGAGGAUGUAACGCUAGGUGGACUGGCCGGUAUGAUCCAGGACCACUGGGCUAAGCUACACCCUGAUCUUGAACCCCUCACCAUUAAGAAAAUCUUGGACGAUACGAAAGAAGACCUUGACCUGUAUCCCGAUUUGAGCGUCGCCGAUGUCUGGGUUGAUUAUGGAAAAGCUCGCGCCGAUGGCCUUGACCAACGAGGUAUUGUGCGUGUUGUUCAGAAACCUGCUGCAGCUGCAGCGCCGGAACGAUUCCCGUCUGUUGAUCAAGACUGGGAUGCUGCGAUUGUUGCCUAUGAACGGCAGCGCGAUUCGAAGAUUAAAAAAGAAGCUAUCAAGCGGCAGUUUUCACCUAUUCAAGAGGAGGCCGAAGAUGAUAACUCGCAGAGCGUUCAUUCCACACCUGCGUGGUCCGCCUCGCCUCAUCAUGGCGGAUUUGAUCCACGGCUUCAGCGCCGUCUGAGAAACGAUACUGUGGAACAGCACCGUUAUCGUGAUAUGCCACUUUCCUCUGUUGAGGUUCGCAGUCCUACUGCUCCACAUGAUGCAGCGACUACUAAUGGGCCUACCAUUGCUGGUACACCUCCACCCCAGCGCGAUAAGAGUGAAGAGCUUGGAGAAUCGCCUUCGCCUGCUGAGCGACGAGCCUCUCGCACAAGAUCCAAGUCUACGCCUGGCUCUACGACUGCCAAUGCUCACAAAGUGAAUGAUCAACCUAAGAGGAUUGUGAAACUGCAUCUUCCAGCUAUAAGAACCAUUAGCAAGAUGUCUGACAAUGCCGAAUCUACUGAAACGUCCGAGCAACCAAUUCAGGCUCCCGCAGCUCCUGGGAAGAAGGAUGAAGAACAGAUUGAGGAGAGCAGCCACGAAGCAAACGAGUCUGAGAGCGAAAAGGAGGAACAUCCGACACCAUCGCCUCAGCCAGCCGUCAAGCGCACUUCUGUUGGACCGAAGCCAGAAAGUCACCUCUCGGCGCUUGCUAAGAGCCUCUCAAAAUCGCCACAGAAGAAACCUGCUGAUCAGGCAAUUGCUAUUUCGAGUGCCGAAGAGAGCGAGUCUAGCUCUAGUGAGGACGACAGUGAUGACAGUGAUGACAGUGAAGACAGUGAUGACAAUGACAAAGAAAGCGGCAAGGAAAGUGACAUAGAAUCUGACAAGAACGUAAUUGAACUUGCGAAGAGCCCACCGAAAACGGUCGAAGUUGAAAAGCCCGAAGACCAGUUAGCACAGAAAGAGAAUGACGAUAGUUCUGAGGAAUCUUCAUCCGACUCUUCGUCUUCGUCUGACUCCUCUUUAUCCGAGUCUGGAGAUAGUGAAGAAAACGCGGACGAUACAAUCGCCGAAACCCAGCUGACCAAUGGGGCUCAGGAGGUUGAUCAAGAUGGAGAUGUGCAAAUGGAAGGCUCUCAUGCCAUUGUUUCCCCUCGAGCAUCUCAGACGAAUGGUGUUUCGCGCGAGACUAUCUCUCGGAAACGCAAGCAGAGUUCGGAAGAACCUGCGCCAGUUAAGGAAUCUCGCAUCAACCAGGCCCACCCAUCAACUCGCCAACAGACCAAAUCGAAGUCCCCGUCUGUAGCGCCUGACGUUGUCAUUUAUUCACAGCAUACCGAACCCAAGUCGAAGUCCAAGUCACCAAGUGGCUCGACUGAGAUCCCACUACCACCUCAGUUAGGCAGCCCACGCCGACGAAAUGAGCGUGCUCCUUCAUUUUCGAGUCCUGGGCGUCGCCGUGCCAGUAUGUCGAUGGACAGGGAGAAGUCACCCAACCCCCUGAAAGGACUGGGAUUGGGUAUUACUGGAAGCCCUCCCAGUAAUCAGCCCAUGAGGAACAUUGCACAGGACAUGUAUCCGGCUGAACCUUCUCAGAAUGGCUUUGGUGGCCCUCUGUUCCCCAGCAGCGUACCCACCGUCACUGAUUCAGUUAAUACGACUCCCGACGCGAAGCAAAAACCUGCAGUUGAGAGAACUAAGAAGUUGCACUCUGCGAUCCGCGGCAAAGACUCCCCCUCAGAACGUGGAGAGCGUCGAUCGGUCUCCUUCCAAGAAGGUGACAACGUGUUCUUAACUUCUGAUCCUGCUGUACCCUCAACAUCGACUCCUCGGCAAGCUCCCACCAGUUCCCAACUCGCCAAACCAUCUGCCGCAGCCAACAAGGUCAGUGCUUCGAGAGUACAGUCCGGCUCGACCCCUCGUGGGACGCCCAAGGAGAAGGAAUCCAAAAACACACCGACUUCCGCUGGACCUCAACAAGCCGCCAAUGGAACUCCCAAGAAUGCUGCAAAGGCUGCUCCUAAGGGCAAGUCCGCCCAGAAGACCCCGACUUCCAAGUCUGACCAGGGAACUCCAGCCAGCAGCCAGAGCCAAAUUCGCUAUCCACCAGGGUUCUCUGCCGAGAGCAUCAACAAGAUGAGUGCGCAAAUCGAGAAAGAUUCGAACGAGAAACAUGAACUGGAAGAAAAGCUCAAAAAAUCGAAUGCCGAUCCCCAGAUAUUGAUUCUUGCGACUGAGAUGCUGGGGCUUCUCAAUAAUCUUGAGAACAAGAAGCGCCAGGGAUUCAAGAGGAUGCAGGACUGGCGCAAGAAGCUCGACCACAUGCGGGAGCAAUUGAAGAAGUGCGAAGAGAAGAAAAAGGAGCAAGAUGCGAACCCCAAGCAAUCUGUUGCACGUACAUCCCGCCCUACCCUCAAGGGUCUUCUCAGCAGCCAGAAAGAAGAAAUGCUUGCUAAGACCGCCAAACCUCGUCCUGAGCCCAAGCCUGCCCCACAACCUCGUUCCAAUGUGUAUGAUGGACCUAGCUCGAGUGAGGAUGAAAGCUCGAGUGAUGAAAGUGACAAGUCGGACAGUGACGAGGGCGAUAUCUUACCCGAUGGAUCUCAUUCAAAGCUACGCAAGCCCUGGUCUCAGCGCGACAAGUGA